AUGGCGGACCGUGGGUUCACCAUUCGAGACUUGGCUGAUGAGAGAAGGGUCAGUUUGAAACCCAUCCCGCUUCACCUACAGGCCAAUCAGGUGCGUUUCCUCCUGGGGGGUCGUCAUGGGGAGUUUAAGUUCCUCCCUCCUCCGGGUUAUGCCCCCUGCUUUGAGGCAGUGCUGCCCAGGGAGAAGCUGAAGCUGGAGGCCAGUCAGGACCAGACUGCGGCCAGAGACUUGCUGGGUCCCACCAUCACCAUGAGCCAGGCAGCGUUCACCCCCACCCCUGUGGACACCAGCCAGAUUGUGCUGCCCCCUCACUUGGAGCGGAUCAGAGAGAAGCUUGCAGAGAACAUCCAUGAACUGUGGGUGAUGAACAAGAUAGAGCUGGGUUGGACGUACGGUGCCGUACGAGACGAUAACAAGCGGCAACACCCCUGUCUGGUUGAGUUCUCAAAGCUUCCUGAACAAGAACGCAGCUACAACUUACAGAUGUCUCUGGAGACUCUCAAAACUCUCCUGGCCUUGGGUUGCCAUGUUGGCCUUGCAGAUGAACACGCUGUAGAGGAAGUCAAGAGCAUGAAGCUGUCACAAACCUAUGAGUUGUCCGGCGGGUAUAAACCUGCUCCUCUGGACCUGAGCCACGUCAAACUGACCUCCACCCAGGAGGCCAUGGUGGACAGACUGGCUGAGAACGCACACAACGUCUGGGCACGGGAUCGCAUCCGCCAGGGCUGGACCUAUGGCAUCCAACAGGAUGUGAAGAACCGUAGAAACCCCCGCCUGGUGCCCUACGUUCUGCUGGAUGAGAGGACCAAGAAGUCCAACAAAGACAGUCUGAGGGAGGCCGUCAGGACUCUGCUGGGAUAUGGAUACAACUUGGAAGCUCCAGACCAGGACCACGCGGCUCAGUCUGACCCCAGCAACAUGUCUGCUGAGAGGUUACGCAUUUACAGAGCAGAAAAAACCUACUGUGUCAAUUCUGGGAAGUGGUACUUUGAGCUGGAGGUAUUAACAGCAGGAGAGAUGAGGGUGGGCUGGGCCAGGCCAGGGUGCCUCCCGGACCAGGAGCUGGGGUCUGAUGACCAGGCCUUUGUAUUUGAUGGCUUUAAGGUCCAGCGCUGGCACCAGGGUAACGAGCACUUUGGGCGCGCCUGGCAGACGGGGGAUGUGAUGGGCUGCAUGGUGGAUCUGAACGAACACACCAUGAUGUUCACACACAAUGGAGAAGUGCUACUGGAUGACUCCGGAUCAGAGCUGGCCUUCAAGGACUUUGAAGUUGGUGAAGGUUUUAUCCCAGUGUGCAGUCUGGGUGUAUGUCAGGUGGGAAGAAUGAAUUUCGGUAAAGACGUCAGCUCUCUGAAGUACUUCACCAUCUGCGGCCUGCAGGAAGGCUACGAGCCGUUUGCUGUCAACAUGAACCGGGACGUCACCAUGUGGCUCAGCAAGAGGAUGCCUCAGUUUGUACCUGUGCCCCCCAACCACCAACACAUAGAGGUGACGAGGAUAGAUGGGACAGGGGAGUCGUGUCCUUGCCUAAAGGUCACCCAGAGGUCAUUUGGCUCACAGAACAGUUACACUGACAUCACCUUGUACAGAUUGAGCAUGCCCAUAGAGUGUGCAGAAUCCUUUCCUAGAUCCUCAGCUAACGACAGCCUCUUCACACCAAAGAAGGAUCUGGAAGACUUUGAAACUGUGUCAGACUUUGAGGUCCUGAUGAAGUCUUCUAACGGUCACAAUGGACCCAAUGGACCUGAGAGAGACGAAUUCAAUAACCACAAAGAUUAUACCCAGGAGAAGCCCUCCAAGCUCAAGCAACGGUUCAUGUUGAAGAAGAACAAGCCAGAGGGCUGUCCAUCAUCUGCCCGUCUGUUAGAGGAGGUGAUGGCUGAGGACAGGGACGAAUAUGAAUUCCUAAUGCACGCCUCUACUNGACACGCCAUGCAGUGUUUCCCCUACCAUUGUUUCUGUUGCGGGGGCGGCUGCGCCCUGCCACGGCAGCCUCGCUGCCCGCCCUGA